AUGGGAAUACAAGGUCUUUUGCCUCUGUUGAAAUCCAUAAUGGUCUCAAUCCACAUCAAAGAACUAGAGGGUUGUUGCGUCGCCGUCGAUACCUAUUCUUGGCUCCACAAAGGAGCCUUUGCUUGCAGCAGAGAGCUCUGCAAAGGCCAACCUACCACCAAGCAUAUUGACUAUUGCAUGCAUAGAGUAAACUUAUUGCGGCAUUAUGGAGUUAGACCUAUUCUUGUCUUUGAUGGAGGGCAUCUACCGAUGAAGAGUGAACAAGAGAACAAGCGUGCACGGGCAAGGAAGGAAAACCUUGAUCGUGCUAUGGAACUUGAAUCAAAUGGAAAUUCAGCAGCUGCGUUUGAGUGCUAUCAAAAGGCUGUUGAUAUCUCACCUUCAGUUGCACAUGAACUAAUCCAGGUCUUAAAACAGGAGAAUGUUGGUUAUGUUGUGGCUCCUUAUGAGGCAGAUGCCCAAAUGACAUUCCUGGCAGUCAGCAAACAGGUUGAUGCUGUUAUAACAGAGGAUUCAGACUUGAUAGCAUUUGGUUGUCCCAGAAUCAUUUACAAAAUGGACAAGUUUGGGCAAGGUGUUGAGUUUAGGAAUUCCAUGCUACAACAGAACAAGGAUUUAAAUUUGACAGGUUUCACUAAGCAGAUGCUUCUUGAGAUGUGCAUUUUGAGUGGGUGUGACUAUUUGCAAUCAUUGCCAGGAAUGGGCCUGAAAAGGGCUCAUGCACUCAUAAAGAAGUUCAAAAGUUAUGACAUGGUAAUUAAGCACUUGAAGUACAACAGUGUUGCAGUUUAUCCUCUCUAUGAAGAAUCUUUCAAGAAAGCCAUAUUGACUUUCCAGCAUCAACGAGUUUAUGAUCCCAUCGCGGAAGACAUUGAUCAUUCCUUAACCAGUUACACAUCGAUACCCCAGCAUAUAGCUAAAGGCAUAGCAACUGGUGAUCUUGACCCUUUCACUAACAUGCCAUUUCAGGGGGAGUGUGUCUGUGCUGGGUUGGUGCUUGAUGGAACUUACCAACUCAAGGCCUUUAAACCUGAUGGUGAAAGGAAAAGGCUUGAUUUGCCUGUGCAGAAAAAUCUUCUGACUAACUACUUUUCCUUUAAAGGUUUUGCAUCUCUUGAAGCAAAGAGGAAUUUUAUGGCCCCCCGAAUUAUGCCCAAGAAUCCGAAUCUGAGGAGUGAGGCUUCUGAUCUGAUGGAAGAAUUCAUUCAGGAGGCCGAUCAUUGUAAAAUAAACUUCUCAACAGAAUCCCUGCCUGACUCUGGGUCUGGGAACCUGGGAAUGGUCCUCCCUGUAAAAGAUUUGGUUGAUAAUGGUGUUGCCCCAAAAGCUUCUGAAUUUUUGGAAUCACCAAGUCAUGAACCACAUGACAGGAGACACAUUUUGGUUGACACAAGAAAUCAGCAACAAGCUUUACUCCAACAGUCCAGGCAUUCAAUUCAUAAACCUUGUACAGCAUUUCACACGGACCAUGCCUCAGAUCCUGGUGAGAGCAAAACAAGAACAAAGAGCCAAAAUAUCAUUGUGAGAAGUUCCUAUUUUCAGCACAAGUCUUCAAAGGAAAAUGAACGGCACAGCAAGAAUGGAAAUCCCUUAGUCAAGGAUGAGUCUGCCACUGAUACAUGCGGUGGUACGGUUUCUGAGUGCAAAUUUAAAUCUACGUCAGUUGCUGCAGGUGAAGGCAAAACAUGGACAGAGAACAGAAAUGUCAUCAUGACAAGUUCUUGUUUCUUGCACAAGUUUGUGAGGGAAUCUGAUCAGGACUACAAGAAUGAAAAACCCUUAGUCAAAGGUCACACUACUACUGAUACACGUGGGAGUACCAUUCCAGGUUGUGAAUAUAAGACUGCCUCAGAUGCAUUUGAGGACAAAGCAAGAAUUGAAAAUAGAGAAGUCAAUUUGAGUAGUUCUUAUUUUCAGCAUAAAUCAGCAAAGCAAAACGACCAGAACAUCAAAUAUGUGACUGAUGCAUGUGAAGAUACUGUUCCUGAGGCUUCAUCAUCAGGCAAUGGCUAUUUUAGAGGCGCUGUCAAGAAACGAAAGGAUGCUCCCAUUGACAUUGUUCAAACUGAAAAUGAGAAUAACAACAAUGGGUGGGGAAAUGCCUCUCUUCCCGUUCCAAGUAACUUCAUGUCUGGCGUUGAUGAUACAUCUAUGAAUAUGAAAGAUGAAGGAAAGUUUGGUUGUAACAUCUCGCAUUUAGGCCACUAUGCUGAUGUAGCUGAGAAAUCAAUGGAUAAAUUUGUUUCUGUAAUAUCAUCAUUCAGAUGCACUUCAUCUGGUGGUUCUCGUGCAAGUGGUCUCCGUGCACCUCUAAAAGAUGUGAACAACACUCGUAUUCGUAGGUCGACUGUGCAUGUUGAUUUGAGUGAAUUUGCAUAUAAACCGGCUAACAAGAAGGCAUCCUCAGCAUCUUGCAGUCUCAAUGUGCCUAAGUAUUGAAUCAGUGCUUUGUAUUGGCUGAGCACUCAUGUUUUUCAUUUCAGUAGCCAGCUUGUACUCC